GUUGUGUAGUGAAAUUAAAUGGAUCCAUCUAGACCAUGUUCUCCUUCUGGAUGAGAUGAGUUACCCUAGGUUUCUUCCCUACCCUCAUCUGCAGGGACGGAUGGCAUUGUGAAGAGCAUCACAAAGAUACCCAAUGAAGCAGUACGUGGAGGUACCACAGUCCAUGUCCCCUUGGCAUCCACGUCUGCUGGUCUUAGAGGAUACUCAGGACUACCAAUGGGAGGAACAGAGAGGGCAGAGGCCACGGCCACGGCUCUGAAGACCACCUCCACAGUGACUUUCACUGCCAGAGUCUCUUCUCCAGCUUCAAGAACGUUGCCUCCCCUCAGGACGUCAGGUCAGCCAGCCAGCACAAGCACAACAGGAAUGAUGGUCACAGCCCCAGAUGUUCCAAAGAUGACAGCUUCAUUGGCCACCAGACCUGGAGGAGAGACCAGCACAGCAGUUCCCAUGACAACCCCAUCUAUUUUCAGUGGAGGGCCAGAGACUACACCCUCACUGGUCCCUCGUUCUGGGGCAGAGACCAGUGCAGCUGUUCCAGCGCUGACCGUUUCCUUUGGUGAGCCAGAGACCACAACCUCAUGGGUCACCCAUCCUGCAGGGACCAGCCCAACCGUUUCGAGGGCAGUCCUCAGCGAUUCUCAUGGUGCAUCAGCUGGCACACCCACAACAGCUACACGUUCCGGGGAAGAAGUCAGUUCAGCUAUUCCAGCUCCAGCCGCCUCCCCUGAUGUACUGGGAAUGGUGACCUCACUGGUUACUAGUCCUGGGACAGAGACCAGCCCAGCUGUUCAAACUCUGGCUGUUUCCCGUGGGAAGCCAGGUCCAACAGUCUCACUGGUCACCCAUCCUGGAAUACAGGCCAGCUCAGGCCCUCCGACUCCAGCUGUCUCCCCAGGCAUAUCAGGAGUGGAAAUCUCAUCGGUCACCAGUUCUGGGGCAGAGGACAGCACAGCUUUUCCAGCUGUGACUGAUGCCCCACAUGAACUAGAGACAGCAGCCUCAGGGGUCACCCAUCCUGGGACAGAAGCCAGGUCCACUGUUCCAACUUUGACUGUCUCUCCUGGUGAGCCGGAGACAACAGCCCCACGGGUCCCUUCCACAGAGACCAGCACACCUGCUUCCAAAGCAACUCUGAAUUUUUCUCCUAGUGAAUUAGACACCACAUCUUCAACAGCCAUCAGUCAUGGGGCAGAAGCCAGUUCAGCCACCCCAGGGAUGAGAGUCUCACCCAGCAUCCCGGCUACGGUGACCUCACUGGUCAUUAGUUUUGGGACAGACACCGGGACAACUGUUUCACCUCUAACUGAGUCCUUGCAUGAAUCAGAGUCAACAGUCUCCUUGGUCACCCACCCUGCAGAGACCAGCCCACCUGUUCCCAGGACAACCUCUGCUGUUUCCCAUGGUGACUCGGACACCACGCCCUCAGUGGCCACCAGCCUUGGGACAGAAGCCAGUUCAGCUCUUCCAGCUACACUUCUCUCCUCUCGUGUACCGGAUAUGUUGACCUCACAGGCCACUAGUUCUGAAAAAGAUGCCAGUGGGCCUGUUCCAACUCGGGCUCUUUCUCCUGGUGGAUCAGCAAACAUAGUCUCGUGGGCUACUCAUUCUGCAGCACAGACCAGUUCAGCCGUCCCAGCUCUGACUGGUUCCCCUGGUAAGCCAGAUGCUACGGUCUCAUCAGUUACCCAUCCUGGGGCACAGAUCGCUUCAGCCAUCCCAACUGUGACUGUCUCUCCUGGCGUAUCAGAGGUAGAAACCUCACUGCUCACCAGUUCUAGGGCAGAGACCAGUACAGCUUUUCCAACUCUGACUGAUUCCACGCACAAGCCAGAGACAACAGCCUCAUGGGUCUCGCAUUCUGCAGAGACCAGCCCACCUGUUUCCAAAAUAACUCCAACUUUUUCCCAUAGUGAAUCGCAUACCACAUUCUCAACAGCCACCAGUCCUGGAGCAGAAGUCAGUUCAGCUGUCCCAGCUACGGCUGUCUCCCCUGGUGUACCGGGGAUGGGGACCUCACUCGCUACUUAUUCUGGAGCAGAGACCAGUACAACUCUUCCAGCUCUGACUGAUUCCCCACAGGAGCCAGAGACCACAGCUUCACGGGUCACCCGUUCUGGGAAAGAAGGUAGUUCAGCCAUUCCGACUAUGACAGUUUCCCUUGGGAAGCCAGAGACAACAGUCUCAUUGCUCACCCAUCCUGAAGAGACCAGCCCAGCUGUUCCCAGGACAACCUCCGAUGUUCCCUAUAGUGAAUCAGACACCACACCCUCAAUGGCCACCAGUCCUGGGACAAAAGCCAGUUCAGCUUUCCCAGCUCCGACUGCCUCGCCGGGUGUACCAGGGAUGGUGACCUCCCUGGUUACCAGUUCUGGGACAGAGACCAGUACAGCUUUUCCAACUCUGACUGAUUCCACACACAAACCAGAGACAGCAGCCUCCUGGGUCACCCAUUCUGAGACAGAAACCAGUUCAGCUAUACCAACUAUGACUUCAGUUUCCUCUGGAGAGCCAGAGACAACAGUCUCAUUGGUCACCCAUCCUGAGGAGACCAGCCCAGCUGUUCCCAGGACAACACCCAGUGUUUCCCAUGGUAAAUCAGAC